AAAUCACACGAGCGCGCGAGGAUUUAUCGGUCUUUAACCAACGAUCUUGGACAAGGAACGUCGUUGAGGCCGGACAGGACCAACUACACGGCGGCGGCGGCAAAGCUAGAACAACAACGACGACGAAAGGAUCAACGAUAGGAAUAAAGAAUGGUUUCGAGAUAUGGCGUCUCGAAGGAGGGCGCAGUGGACGUCGCCGUGGGAGUAGGACCUAUGCAUUGUUUAAUAGGAGGGCCGCAUCAUCAUCAUCAUUUAUCGGCUCCUCAUCCACAAAAUCCUCAACCGGGUCAUAAUCAUCACGUGCAUCAUGCCGCUCACCCGCCACCGCCAUCGCCAAGUCCUCAUUUGAAUCACCAGCUGAGCCAUCAUCAAUUGACCGUCAACAUCAACCAUCUCGGACAUCAACUCGCUCAACAUCAACAAGCCCCACCACAGUAUCGUGUUGUUACAGCUAACACUAGAUCUGAAUUUCAUGUUCCAACUCAGAACUACGGCGCCCAGCCAGGGGGGCAGGUGGGCGGGGGAGGGGGGAGUGUAGGUGUACCCGGGGGUAGAGGACCUCCACCACUUGGCGGCAUACCAACGAUAGGACAAUCUACAGCAGGUAUACCACCAGGAGGUCCAGCUGGUGGGCAAGCUCCUCCACAAGCACAAGCACCCGGUGUACAAACUCAGCAGACUCAAGGUCCGGCACCAACAACGACACCUCCAGUUCAUACUCCCUCGCCUCAGGAAAUGGGAAAACAACCACAUCUACAAGCACAUAGUUAUUAUCCAGCUGCUCCGAGGCCUCAGCAGCCAAGAAAUCUAAAUCAUAGAGGUGGACAAGGGGGUAGUGGAAAUCAAGUAGUAGGGAUGCCAGGGGUAGGUGGAGGUGGCGGGCAACCACCUGUCAUGUAUACAACUGGCUUGACAGGUCAACCGGGGACAGUAUUUGUCCCUAGUCAUGUUGCUGGAAUUCCAACUGGACCCCAUCAACAAUCUGUAUAUCAUAUGAAUAAUCAGCUUAUUCAAUUUUCCAGUGCACCUCAACGACAUCAAGCUCAAAAUCAAUCCUUUUAUCCCCCAUAUCAACCGCAUGCCCUUUUAACACAAAAUAUUUAUCCAUACCAGCCUGGCCCAACGCCUCAACCUGGCUUUUUUUAUACAUCGCCCACUGCACCAUUAAGUUUAAAUAGGUCAAGUGCAACUGCUGUUAGUGGUGGGGCUCAACAUGUUGGAGGAGCAUUGGGUGGUGCCCAAGGAGCUACAAUGGUACCACAAGGUACUCUUCAACAACCUACGCAACAACCUCAGCCUCUACCCCAAAUAGAUGUGUAUUCGGGUUAUAAUGGCGGAGGUACAACAGGAACAAGUAGUUCAAUUAGAUCCAAAAGGCCAAGAGGAGAAAAGGCCAUAACAGAUAUCGUUAAUCCUAGUACGGGUAAAAAUAUAAGUCAUGAAAUAUAUGACGAUGAUGCAACUGUCGAAAGUACAGAAUCUAGUAAUCGUGAAACGCCUCAAUUACAGAAUAGUAGCGGUGCAGAGGUGGUGGCCGAUUUUGCGGCACGCGUUGCUAAAGCCGCAACCGAGAGUUCGGAUUCCGGCUCACCGGUGCCGGCCGUUACCGCGCCAGAAACAACUUUCGUGUCGCAAAUCACGACACCAAGUUUAUCGAAUAUUCAAACAAAUUCUAACGAUAUAAACAAUCAGUGCAACAACAACGGUUUGGCCACACCGACGCAAAAUAUAAGCAAGGUGCACGCGUUGUGUAGUCAAUCGUUAGAUACGUCUAAUAAUGUUACUCAAAUUGAGAUAAUUCCUACUCCGUCGGCACCAUGUUCAACGCCAUCGGCCGCACCCUCAUCCGUUUCAUCCUCUACGCCUUUGGCCACUGUUUCCUCAUCUGCUUCCAUUUCCUCUCCUUCCUCUUGCGCGAUUAAAUCGGCAGUGGAGUCUAAACCAUUGCAACUUCUCGCAAAAGAGUUUCAUCCUAGAGGAGAGAAAAAGACUGUAAGCAGCAGCGAGGAAACUGUAGCUGUAGUCAAUGUUGAUACUAUUCCUACACAGCCUGUCACUACGUUGGCUACUGCUACGCCCGUAGUCGAACAAGAAACGAAGAAUACCACGAGUCCUUCCUCGGUUAAUGUUCAGACGCCAUCGGCGGCUCCGCAACAUCAUCAACAACAUCACCACCAUCAACAGCAGCAACAGCAGCAGCAGCAGCAACAGCAACCGCAACAGCAACAGCAACAGCAACAACAGCAGCAGCAACAACAACAACAACAACAACAACAACAACACCAUCACCACCAGCAACAACAACUAUCACCGCCAACACAUCAACCGCAACAACAACAUUCUGCCCCAAAUGUGACUGUGCCAGAGGUCAGCAAACCGUCCUCUACUGCACCCAGUGUUAAUCCCACUCUUGUGAGAGAACCAUUUUCCAAUAUUUCGAGCAAAACGACGUCCUCGAAUUCUCCACCAAGGAGGAAAUCUCAAUCACAUCAUGGCCAAUCCAAUAACCCUAUCACCGAGCAGCUGUCUUCAAAUACCAGAGAACAAAAGGAUAAAAAGAGAGAGAAAAGCGUUAGCUCCAGAGGUGCGACCCCAGCACCAGCACAUAAUCAACCUGAUCAUCAUCAUCAUCACCAUCAAAAAACGAACGGUGAUGCUAGUGGGGAUAAAACUGAACAGGAACCCGUUGUAACUGCGAGGAACGAACUUUUGCAACAUAAACAAAAUGAUGGUAAAGCCAUGCAAAAGCAAAAGAGCAAAAAUAAGCUCAAACCUCGCGAGCUUAAUCGAAAAGGAGCUGAAAAAGAAGGCACAGAUAUGGAUGCAUUUGUCAAUACAGUUCCAAUAAAUAAACCAGAAGUGAAACAAGUAGAUAAUAAAGAAACUAUACCGAUAAAAGAAAACAAGGAGCAACCUGCUAGAGAAAUGACAAAAGAAAUUAAAGAAAAAGACAAUUAUGAGUCUUUUAAAGAAAAGGAAACGGCAAUCGCUGUCCAUCCUAAAGUGGAGAAACAUGUGAUUCCAGAUAUAGUUAAGGAAAGUGAUCCUGUUCAAACUCCUAUUAUUGAGAAAUUAAAAAGUGAAAAGGAGAUAACUAAGGAAGUGUCUUCAAAGAUAGAAGACAAUUCCCAAAUUCUAAAAUCUCAAAAUACGUGUAGUAAUGCCCAAAUGAAGUCAGUUCCUAAUGAUGUUGUUGAUCAUGCAAUUGUUAAGGAGGAUAUUGAUUUAGAAACAAUAGUAGCGCAGAAGAACGAAGAAAAUAUGAAAAUUUCUGCGUUUCAAGCAUCUAGCGAAGAAAAGAUUCUACCUGUGCCAACAGUGGAAAAAUCAAACGAACAGAGUGAACCUCAAUCUCCAACAACGGACAUUGUUGUAUCAAAAAGUUCUAUACCACUAAAGUAUACAUAUAAGGACGAUCAAUGGAGUCCGAUAAAUAAGAGUGGUAAAAAAGUUUACGAUCGUGAAUUUUUAAUACGACUUCAAGAUGAUCCAAAUAGUAAAAUUAAACCGAAUAAUCUACCGGAUUUAGAAGUUGUUCUGAAAGAUAAUACAAAGAUUCGCAGUACAAUGGAUUUUAGAUCAUUUAAAGAUACAAGUAUAAGUAGGCCAGAAUCGUUAUUCCCUGGAUUUGUCAAAUCAGGACUUGCACGUGGUGUGCCACCUACAAAUCGAAAGAGUCAUCCUUCAGGGAAAUCAAAGCCAACUAAACCAAAUGUUAUUCAUGUCUCUCUAUCUCUUAGAGAAGAUGUAAAAUUGAGAGAGACAGAGAAUGCAUGGCGCCCUACUAGAAUGAAGCAACUCGAUUUAAGCGAGGAAGAUGCUAAAACGGAAGCGCUGUACAAGCGUGUUCGUAGUGUUCUAAAUAAGCUUACACCGCAGAAAUUUAAUACAUUAAUUGAUCAAGUUAGAUCAUUAACAAUUGAUACACAAGAAAGACUACAAGGUGUAAUCAACUUAGUCUUUGAAAAGGCUGUUGAUGAACCUAGUUUUUCAGUUGCAUACGCAUUAAUGUGUAAAGAACUUGCUAUGAUGGAGGCAUCUGGCGGUGAUAAGAGUGGAGGAAAGCAAGCAGAAAGUUCUGUUACUUUUAGAAAACUGAUUAUUAGCCGAUGCCAAAAAGAAUUUGAAAAGAAUCCAAUUGAUGAAGUUUCGAGAGCAAGUAAAAUUAAAGAAAUAGAAGAAUGUAACGAUCCUGAAAAGAAAAAGGAUUUACAGUUACAGCUUGAAGAGGAGGAACGUAGGAUACGUAUCAAAUCUGUAGGAAAUAUUCGAUUUAUCGGUGAACUUUAUAAGCAAGGAAUGUUAACAACUGGCAUUAUGCAUCGUUGCAUAAAUCAUUUAUUAGAUCAAAAUGACGAAGAUAGUCUUGAGUGUUUAUGUAAACUACUAACAACCGUUGGAAAAGAUUUAGAAUCCAAAGGGAAAUCUGAGGAAAUGCAAGAAUAUUUUAGCAAGAUGCAAGAUAUUGUUGGUCGUCGUGGACAUGGUAAAAUUAGCUCUAGAAUUCGUUUUAUGCUGCAAGACGUUAUAGAUUUGAGAGCUAAUAAAUGGAUUCCAAGGAGAGACGAUAGUAAUCCAAAAACGAUAGAUCAAAUUCAAAAAGAAGUUGAAUCCGAGAGACUCGAUACUCAACUUACCAAUACACCGUUGAACACACCUAGAAAAGAUGAUCGCAAUGCGGAUAGAAAAAGGAAUCGAGGAUUUGGGCCUGCAGAUGAAGGUGGAUGGAGUCAACCUGUAGGUAGGACGAGGCAAACCUAUUCUGUUGAAACAGCAAAAUUAAGGCAGAAGACUACUCCCGUGGAUGAUUUAAUAUUGGGUAGUAGGAACGUAUAUAUGUGGAAGACUUCCGCAAAUAACGCUAAGACAAUAAAUUCUAAUAAAUUUGCUUGUCUCGAAAAUAUUACUGCCAUAGAACAGGAUAGGAGAAUGCCUCCGCUUCAACUUUCUGGAUCGAGAUCAACCGGACCUAGGGAUUAUGGACGAGACUACAAAUCUUCUUAUGAUGGUAGGAGUUCUCGAAACGGUAGCCAUCAAUUAAGCAGCAGUGCAUCGUCAAGUAGAGAAAGCUCAUUGUUAGAUAAUUCUCAAAGUCAAAACGUGUCGAUGCCAACACAAUCUUUGAAAUCUGCAUCACAAUCUGUGUCUAGUGGGCUGAAGCCUCCAUUGUCAGAAGAAGCGUUUACGAAAGCGUUUAAUUCUAUAUUGAAGGAUUAUUUAAGAGAACACAUCUUAGAGAACGCUAUCUCUGAUGUGAGCCAGACUUUUGAUAAUACAACAUUUACAAAAUUCGUGCGUGAGUCAAUUAACUUCGUUCUUGAAAAAUCUCCUGCCGAACGAGAACGAGUUUCACGACUUAUGUCACAAUUGAUUGCUCGAAACAUUUUACCUUUACAACAUUUGAAAGCAGGGUUCAGCGAAGUUCUAGAAUUUGUGGAUGAUCUAAUUAUUGAUAUUCCAAAGAUUUGGACUUACCUUGCAGAAGUAUUAACUCAUCCAAUAAAAGACGAAGUAAUGCCAUUAUCUGAAAUGGGCAGUAUAUUUGUAAGUUUAAGAAAUCAAGGUGGUGCAGGAAAACUUCUCGGAGAGUUAUUAGCGAAAUUAUCCCAAGAAAAAGGAUCCAAAUGGAUUGCAGAUAAAUGGGACCAAAGCAGACUUCCAUUGAAUGAUAUUAUCGAUCCGGAAAGAGAGAAUAUUGACAAGAUUGCUAAGGAAUAUCAUUUAGAGUUCCUGAUUGGAGAUUAUAAUAGUGCCAAAAGCUCUAGCAGUGACGAGCUUAGUUUACAACAGAUUCAUGAACAACUGAAAAGGCUUAUGAAAGAGAAUACUUUUGAUGAAAUAAGUAGUUGGAUAACAGAAAAUGUUGGUAGUAGAGUUAAGGAUCCUAAAUUCAUAAGGACAUUGAUGACUGCCAUUUUAGAAACGUCCAUAGUACCGUUUAAUGAAACGUGGAAGUUAAAUGAGCACAUAUUCAGCAAUUUGCAAUUAUUAAUUCAUCGAUUCGUCGAUACUGAUGAAGUACUAGAAUUGCAAUGCCUUUACGCUAUUCAAGCACAUAUGACAAAAAUCGAGUUUCCAUGCGGUAUAUUAAGGAACAUAAUAAACAAAUUAUCAGGGGAUAAUAUUAUUUCCUCUGAUGCAUUCUUGGCAUGGCAGAAAGGUGAAGAUCCGGCAGAACAUGAAGGCCAUAGUGUAGCUAUCAUGACGCUGACGGCAUUCUUCAUUUCUUUACAAGAAGCCGAGGAUAGUUCCAGUGUCGAAGACGGCCCAAGCAAUGUGAACUCCGAUACCUUUUGACGGUGCAUCGUUUUAGAAGGAAUACGAGCUGGGCACUUUUUAUUCGAAUAAAAGAUAAAUAAACAGUUAUUUACAGAUAAUACAAGUUCUUCAAAUAACUGUUAUUAUUGAUAGUUAUUUGAAAUAACGGUCUUAUCUAAACUAAACUAAUUUUCAGAAAAAAAAAUCAAAUAACGCGAGAGAUUUCAAAUAAUCAUCGUCAAUUAUUCAAUUAAUUGAUUAGGAAAACGCGGUAGUAUUUUUCCAAGUUUAUUUUUAUUUAUUUAUUUUUUUUUUUGGUCUUAUUUAAACUUUAAACCAUUUCAAUGAAUUAUAUAUAAUAAUUAUCUUGCAUUUAUCUCUGUAUCAUAAUUAAUAAUUAAUCCUUAUCUUCAUUAUGUAUAGCGUAUUUCAAAUAUAGUCAUUAUGUAUCCGUUUGUAUUUGACAAUCUUCUUUUAUUUUCUGGCUUAUAUCGUACCAUGAAAUUCUAGACUAUAUAUAUAUAUAUAUAUAUUACAUAAUUCGCGCACAACUACACUCAAUCGUUUUUCAGCAUUUUCUAUUUAAAACAAACAAAAACAAAAAAACAGAAAAGAAAGAAAUAAAUGCGCUAUUGAUCCUCAUAAUUUGCUCAUAAACGCGGAAAUUUUUUUAAGUCUUUUUAAUGCAGUAGAGUCUUACCUUUUAUUAAAUCUUCUCAAUAGUCCAAAGUUCUUUUCAGAGCUAAACGUUUUAGAGAUAACUAAUUAAUAAAAUAAACAAUCUCAAAUAAUCGUUGUUAUUAUCAAAAUUCGAAAUAUUGUGUUUAAAUAUAAAUUUGCGAUUUAAUAAUUAAUUUUACUAUUAAAAAGAAUCAUUUUCUUUUAUCAUUAAAUAAUUUUACCAAAUGAUUUAGUUAUCUAUUAUUUGUUUGGAUGUUAAAACGAAUCAGGCAUUAAUCUUUUUAAGAUUAAAAGAGAUUUUUAUAUUUUUAAUAACAAUAUAAAUUAAUGUUAUUUAUAUAUGUAUUGCUGAUAGAAUAAGAUCCAAACAUCGUCACUAUUUCGAUCCGUUUGUAUAACACAUUUGUAUAUAGAAAGCAGAUCAUUGAAAUCUAUGCAAGAUAAUUAUUAUAUAUAAUUCAUUGAAAUGGUUCAAAAUUGAAAUAAAGAAAGAAAAAAAAAAUAAAUAAAUAAAAGUAAGCUAAAAAGAUACUAACGUAUUUCUUAUAAUAUCUCGCAGUGUUUCUGAAAUAUGAUAUUGAUCACACACAAUGGAACUGAAAAUAUGUUGUCUUAUUAUCGAGAUCAGAAAACUGUACGAGUUGUGUUAUAUUUCUAUUUACACCAAACAAACAAAGAAACACCGCAAAAGCAACCAAAGUGCUACACAAGAUUUAGGUAACAAAUAAAAGAAAAAAAAUAAAUAAAUAAAUAAACCAGCCACGAGUGGGUCAAUUUUAAGUGAAGAGAAUUUCAAAGAUUACGAAGCUCUGAUAAUAGAUAAUCAAGUCUGAUGAUACGAGUAUUGUGGUUCUUCCUAUUAUUAUAAACGAACGUACACACACACAGAAUUAAUAAUUUAUAUCUUUGCAAAUAAGAAACGUAUCGUAAGAAGAAGAAGAAAAAGAAGAAAGAAGAAAGAAAAAGAAGAGAGCAGUUCAAAAACACGGUAGGAUGAAGGGAAAAAAUAAAAAAGUGAAUAAAAACAUACAUAAAAAAAAAAAAAAUUUAGGACUUAUAGCCUAGGAAAGUGUACCGAAAAAAUAUAAUGGAAGAAGAUGAUAUAAGUGGUGUGCAUAUUAAGGCGCUAUUUUUUAACACUAGCUAUUUACAAUCUUUAAAAGAGAGCAAAGUGUAGUGUAUGGGAAUGAAUCGUUUGUGCAUGUAUCCAUGUGACACACAAACAACAAAGGUGCCGCUGGGAAUUGUAUAAAAUUAUUACUUAUAUCGAUUAUAAUGAUACAAUGUGCAAACUGAUUUUCUCAUUAAAAUAUACCUUAUUCGUAUAAAAAGAAAAGUAGAAUGAAUCGGCUGACUUGAACUUAUACAUAAUAAUAAUUCCAUUGGAACGAUUAUUCAAUACGAAAAUACGUAUGUUUUGUCAAUAUUGUUGUCUGCUUACAACUUGUCUAUAUCUGUAUGCAAGAAAAGCGUGAUUGCUUCAAGACACAAUCGAGACGGAUAUAUACUUAAUAACGAGAGAAAAAAAACAAGAAAAUCGAAUGUGCUUUUCCAUUCCUAAAAAAGAAAAAAAAUAUAUAGUUUAUUUUAAA